GAAUAGGCCUGAAUGCAAUGGAUUACUAUAUACUACGCACAUGAAAUGCUGUACUACUCCGGUACAGGCGGAGUGCUGGACGAACAGUUAAAGAUAUAAACACCCCAUGGACAUCGACGCCUUCUGAACUUUUCAGUGAGAGAAAAAGUAUGUAUUGCCUCAUAUUGAUAUAAGGAACACUUCAGAUGGGUGCAGUGUGUACGAAAUCUCUGAAGCAGAUUAAGCUUGAAAAUGCACCUGUCAUCACUACAAGGGUGUCAGUUGAUUCUGACAGCAGAACAAAUGAAGACUCGACCUUGUCACCAGGCUCAGUCAUAUUUGAUGACAGUCCAUCCUCAGGCUCCAGGGUUUCCUCGGCAGCUACAAAGAGCACUUUACACCAGUUUCCCGAACUUUCGGCUCGGCAUAGGAGAGUCAUGCGUGGAGACUUGGAACAACGUUUAACUGCUAAGGCCAAGAUCAUUCGGAUAUUUACCAGCUCUACGUUUACAGACAUGGCGGCUGAAAGAAAUGCCUUGAUGGAGAGGAUCUACCCAAGACUGAAGGAGUUUGCACAGGAGAAAGGUUACGAGUUUCAGGUGGUUGACAUGCGUUGGGGAGUACGUGAUGAGUCCACAGAUGAUCAUUCUACACUAGAGCUGUGUUUAAAGGAACUUAAGGCGUGUCAGGACCUUUCCACUGGACCUAAUUUUGUGACCUUUCUGGGCCAAAAGUAUGGUUUUCGUCCGCUUCCAUCCAAAAUACCUUCCACUGAAUUUGAGAAACUCCUCAGCAACAUGACAGACCAGGAGGAGAAAGCAGUUUUGGAGACGUGGUUCAAAUGUGAUAUGAACGCAGUACCGCCAACCUAUGUCCUUCAGCCAGUAAGCUCUCACAUCCCUGACCACCUCUGUCGCGAUGCUAAACAAAGGAAGCUUGCACUACAGCAGUGGAGUCAAAUUUUUGCGCAGAUUCAAAACAUCCUCAGGCGAGAAGCUAGAAAGAUGUUUGAAGAUCAAGAAGAAGAGUGGCUGCACAAGUAUUUCAUGUCAGGUAACACGCCCUGCGCGGAGGGCUGGACGAACAGUUAA